GGUGACUUGGCCUUCUCAAAGACUGACAUCAUCUUCUUCCUGUAUGCAAAAUUGAGAAAUUUUGUCAAGGAAGUUACUGAGAGAAGUGAACGAGAGAGACCUAAAGGAAACUCAAGCUGAGCUGCAAGUCCUCACAGGGUGCUGUCGUCUGUCACCACCAAGGACAGGAGAGGAGACAAGACCAUGUGGCAGUUCCCUGCUCUGCUCUUCCUCUUCCUCCCAGGCUGCUGCACUGCUCAGGAUUCAGUCACAGGUCCAGUGGAGGUGAGCGGUCAGGAGCAGGGCUCCGUGACAGUGCAGUGCAGAUAUGACUCAGGCUGGAAGUAUUACAAGAAGUACUGGUGCCAAGGAGCUCAUCAGAAAUCAUGUGAGAUUCUCGUUGAAACCGAUAAAUCAGAGCAGCUGGUGAAGAAGAACCGUGUGUCCAUCAGGGACGACCAGACAGACUUCAUCUUCACAGUGACCAUGGAGGAUCUGAGGAUGAUCGAUGCUGGCAUUUACUGGUGUGGAAUUACGAAAGUUGGACAAGAUCUCUUCUUUAGAGUUAAUGUGAACAUUGACCCAGCCCCAAAAAGUUCAGUUAUGACCACCAUAGCCACAGUUCUGAAAUCCAUACAACCAACCACUGAGAACACUGGCAAGGAACAAGUGACUCAGAGCAAACAAGUGACUCAGAGCAGGCCCCACACCAGGUCCCUGCUGAGCAGCAUCUACUUCCUGCUGAUGGUCUUUGUGGAGUUACCCCUGCUCCUGAGCAUGCUCAGUGCUGUCCUCUGGGUCACCAGGCCUCAGAGAUGCUUUGGGAGAGGUGAGAAUGACCUGGUGAAGACCCAUAGUCCUGUUGCCUAG